UCAAUUAAAAAUAUUACCGUUAUACAGGCAUAUUAAAUAUUAGGCUUUCCUAAAUAUUAUUGUAAAUCCAAUAAUAUUCCAAUUUAAAUAAUAAAUUUAGUAAUUAAUUGAUAAACGAAGUAUUGUUCAAUGUCAGAAGCUGUUAUUCAAUAAUAGACAUGACAAACAACAAUAGCAAACUGUCCGACUAUCUUGAAAAGAUAGAGACAGACGAUAUUGCCGAAAUGUCUGGAGAUACAAAUAUUAAUAUGAAUUUUCAACUAUUAGAUAAUUCCAUAACUGCAUUCUGUGAUAAAAAGGAUUUAAGAAUCGUCCAGGAAUUAUCCUUGUGUUUCAACAAAUUAUCCUGCAUUCCAAACAAUUUUUCUCAGCAUUUGAUUAAUUUGGAGAAAUUGGAUUUAUCGAAUAACAAUCUUCAAGAAUUGCCAACUUCCUUCAGUUCAUUGUCAAAUUUGCAGUACUUAAAAAUUGACAAUAAUAAAUUUGUAGUGAUGCCAAUUGUUCUGGCCGGUAAUCAACGAUUAAAAUCUCUAAGUAUUUGUCACAAUUCACUGAAUGAAAUCUCCGAGGAAUUGGGAUCUUUAAUAACUUUGGAACAUCUCAAUUUAAGUUUCAAUAAAUUAAUCAAAUUCCCAAAAUCUUUCGCUAAAUUACAUCGUCUACGGGAAUUGAAUAUUGCUGGUAAUAAAUUUGAUAUUAUUCCCAGUUGCAUAACAAAUGGAAUGAGAAAUUUAGAAAUUCUAGAUGUUUCUUUAAAUAAGAGUAUAAAACUCAAUGAACCGCCGUGUAGUAAAAGACUUAUAAAAUUUUAUGCUAUGGAUAAUGGUCUUUGUCGUACAUUUCCACGAUGGUUAUUAACAUCACCUUAUUCUUCAGUGGAGGAAGUGAAUUUUAAUCAAACAGAAUUUUCCAAAUACACAUUUCCAAAGGAUAAAGUUGUUCUGAAUUUAAGAAUUUUGUCCAUCAAUCAAUCGGAUUUAACAGACAAUAAUCUAGAAAUGUUAACAGAAAAUAUGUACAGACUCGAAAAAUUGGACAUUGGAAAUGAUAAACUUACAAAAAAGGAAGGCAACGUUUUUUGCAAUGUACCAUGCCAUUUUAAAAAUCCACAAUUGAUUAAUGAAAUUGAUAUGAAAUUCACUGGACUUCCCAUUGUAUCGCGAUUAAUUACAAAUUUAGCAAAUAUUACCAAGAUCGAUUUUAGUCAAAAUAGUAUAUCAUGGUUGCCUGAUGAAUUUUGCAAUCUAUCAAAAUUGGAAAUUCUAAUUAUCAACAAUAAUUCCAUACCUGUAUUACCGGAUAAUAUUGGAAAUUUAAAAGCUCUCAGAGAAUUAGUAAUUUAUUCAAAUCAACUUUCAAGACUACCAGAAUCCAUGUGUAAUGUUAAGGAAUUACGUCUACUUGAUUUAUAUGACAAUGAACUAAAGGAAAUACCAUGGAAUGCUGUAAAUUUAGAGAAUUUAGAAGCAAUCGACAUUGAUUGUAAUUUCUUUUCAACUGAUGAUUUAACUAUCAGGAAUAAAUCUUACGAAAUUUUUCGAAAAUCAAUUCGUGGAAAAUGCGUAAGUUUUGGAAAAAGAAGCAGUGAAGAGAAAAUUUCACCACGUGAAGAAGAAUCGGUUCAGUCCUCCGAAUCAUCUUGUUCAAAAUAUUACGAAAGUGAUCACACUGAAAAUGAUUAUCAACAGGAAGAUCUUGAUCAAAUGUGUGACAAUGGCGCGGAAGAAAAUUGGGAAUCGUCGUAUGAUUCUACGGAUGAUUAUGAACCAGCUUGCGUAAGUAGAAGAAAGCAAAGAAAAUCAUCGUUAGUGGAGGAUGUUCAUGGUCAAUUUUUCUGUCCUGAUGAUUUACAUGCGCUUCCUAUUAAACAGCAAGUUCGUCAAAUGUUUAAUGACAGAAGGCAGAUACCACGUACCUUUGAGGAAGGUCAAUUCGAUGAUGCUUAGGUGAAAUUAAUCAUUUCUCUUCACAAAAUGUACUUAUUUAUGAAAUAAUUUAAUGAAAAACUACUGAGAUUUGUACGCGAUUUGUAAAACAAUAAUUUAAUAUAAAUUCGUAUUUUAAUAAAAUCUUAUUUGUUACAUUGACUUGAAGGAA